AUGGGCACACUACUCGGCAAGAGGAAAACUCGAGUCCCAGAGAAGACAUCCGAGGCAGAAAUACAAGAUGCGGAAGCUAUUUUCAGGAGACACUUCGAGGCGCAGUUCAAACCUUUGCAGGUGGCUGAAUCACGGAAACCCGCCAGAAAAAGUGCACGAGAACCGGAAGUUGAAGUGGACGAGGACGACUCGGAUUCGGAAUCCGCAGACUCAGAGUGGGGAGGGAUAUCGGAAGAUGACGAAGCCGAAGCCAAUGCAGUCGAAGUCAUUGACCAUACUUCCUCGCGCCCGACCACUACAACAUCCACCAUGACGAAACGCGAACUGCGUGCCUAUCUCUCCUCGCGCCCGCCCUCCGCCUUCGACGACGAGUCCUCCACCCAGCCCAAGGCGAAACCGCCCAAGGCCAAGGACGCCGAUCCGGAAGACGAAGACUCGGCCACGCUGCUGGCCAACGACCUCGCGCUGCAGCGCCUGAUCGCCGAGUCCAAGAUCCUCUCGUCGGCGGCCGCCUCCCCCUCCGCGGACCGCGCCUUUGCCGAGGGCCGCACGCGGCGCAUCACCACCGACAUGCGGCUGCAGGCGCUGGGCUCGCGCGACAGCGUCCUGGCGCAGAAGAAGAUGCCCAUGGGCAUCCGCAAGGGCAUCGCGGGCGCCGCCGCCGCGCGGGAGGAGAAGCGGCGGCGCGAGGCCAAGGAGAACGGCAUCAUCCUGGAGAGAGCGAUCGGCGGCGGCAAGAACAAGGCGGCGGGGAAGAGGCGGAGGGCUGGCGGGUUGGCGGUGGACAUGCCGGGCGUGGGCAGGAUGAAGGGUGCAGAGCUACGGCUUAGCCAGAGGGAUAUCAGGAGCAUGGAGACGCCGAGGGAGAAGCCUGGAGGCAAGAAGCGGCGGAGGAGGUGA